AUGGCUUCAAAGGUCUCAUGCUUAUACGUUUUGACAGUAGUUUGUUGGGCAAGUGCUCUUUGGUACUUAAGUAUAACCCGUCCUACUUCUUCCUACACUGGCCACAGACAGCUCAGUAGUAUAUCCAUAGCCAGAAAAAAUGUUUCCUUUGGCAACAUAAGAACUCGACCUAUAAAUCCACAUUCCUUUGACUUUCUUAUCAAUGAACCAAACAAAUGUGAGAAGAGCGUCCCUUUCUUGGUGAUUCUUAUCAGCACAACUCACAAAGAGUUUGAUGCAAGGCAAGCCAUUCGAGAAACAUGGGGAGAUGAAAACAAUUUUAAAGGAAUUAAAAUUGCCACGCUCUUUCUUCUUGGAAAAAAUGCAGAUCCUGUAUUAAAUCAAAUGGUAGAGCAAGAAAGUCAAAUUUUUCAUGACAUUAUUGUGGAGGAUUUUAUUGACUCUUACCAUAACCUCACUCUGAAAACACUGAUGGGGAUGAGAUGGGUAGCAACAUUUUGUUCAAAAGCGAAGUAUGUUAUGAAGACAGACAGUGAUAUUUUUGUAAAUAUGGAUAAUCUUAUUUAUAAGCUGCUCAAACCUAACACCAAGCCAAGGAGAAGGUACUUCACUGGCUACGUUAUAAAUGGAGGACCAAUAAGAGAUGUUCGCAGUAAAUGGUACAUGCCAAGAGAUUUGUAUCCCGACAGCAAUUACCCACCCUUCUGUUCAGGCACUGGCUACAUUUUUUCAGCUGAUGUAGCAGAACUGAUUUACAAAACCUCCCUUCACACCAGACUACUUCAUCUUGAAGAUGUAUAUGUUGGACUAUGUCUCCGGAAGUUAGGCAUUCACCCCUUUCAAAACAGUGGCUUCAAUCACUGGAAAAUGGCCUACAGCUUGUGCAGGUACCGCAGGGUGAUCACAGUGCACCAGAUAACGCCAGAAGAAAUGCACAGAAUUUGGAAUGACAUGUCCAGCAAGAAGCAUCUUAGAUGUUAA